UUACAUGCCCCUCGCAUACGCACGUUUUAGGAACAACAGCAUAUCAAUAGCUGCAAAGGUGUGCGACAGGUGCAAGCAGAGAGUAUAAGCAUAGUGAGUGUAAGCAGGUGCGGCGGGUACAAAUGAAAGACAUUAUGUGUCAUAUUACGACGUCACGACUUUUACUUUGACUUAGGAGAGAAAAUAAUUCAGCGCAAAUAUUCACUGAAUUGACGUGCUCCUUGGAAUUGCCAUCGGUGAGAAUUUAAUGUCAAUAUAUACAAAUGAAUACAAAUCCGGCGCCUAAAUUCGUGCCACCAAUCUCUUCGUACGAUCGUACCUUAUUUGUAAAAAAAAUAAAUAAAUGUUUUUUAAAUGUGCAACCUAGAUCUCUUAUACGUAUGAAUAAUUGCAAAGUGUGACUACGUAGAACUGUUUUAAAGCGUAUAUAAACAAUGAUAUUUAAUAUAUGCCCUAUUUUUCUUUCCAUGGUUUCAAGCCUAAUGGGUUAAAGCAAUAGGUUAAGGUGUAAAGUUUGGUUAAGGACAAGUUACUUCAUUUCUCUUUCCUAGUCUUACAACCUGACUUUAACGCUUUAUUUUUGAGUCGUGAUGGUGCACGUUGACAUGAGUUCGAAAAUACAUCGCUGGAAUCCUUCUGAGUUUCUGGAUGUGAAAAAUGUAUGUUCAGCAUAUGCUCUACUUAUCCUUAAUAGGCCUAUCUCUAUCAACCGUGAUUAUUUACUCUCCUUGUGGGACAGAGCUGCAGUCCACGUGACAGUGGAUGGUGGGACAAAUCGUUGGUAUGAGUUCACUGAAAAAGGAACGUGUGAGAAAUGUGUAUUGCCAGAUUUGAUCACAGGUGAUAUGGAUUCUGUCACAUCUGAAGUUUUAGGAUAUUACAAAGCCAAAGAUGUAGAGGUCAUACAAACCCCAGAUCAAAAUGAAACUGAUUUUACUAAAGCUCUGCAUCAAACUGCUUUGUAUGUCAAAAGAAAAGAAAUCAAGAUUGAUGCAGUUAUAGCUGUGGUUGAGACCUCUGGUCGACUAGAUCAGAUUAUUGGAAACAUUAACUCACUUUACAAAGCAGAGUCCAUUCUUGGAGAUGUACCAGUUUUUCUUCAUGGACGUAACUCCCUGACUUGGAGAUUGGGAGAAGGUUUUCAUGAAAUUAGUAUACCUUUACCAGUAAUUUCAUCUAAUAAAUGGUGCAGUCUUGUACCAUUUGGUUCUCCUGCAAGAGUUACAACUACAGGCCUUAAGUGGAACUUAGAUGAUAGAAUUUUAGAAUUUGGAAAGUUAGUGAGUACUUCAAAUACAUUCAGUGGAAGUACAUUAGUGACGGUGCAUACUAACAGCAAUGUGGUGUGGUCAAUGGCACUGAAUAAUACAGACAGAGAUGAUGAUGAAGAUUGAAGAAAAGAUAUUGAAAAUAAUGUAGUGAAGUGUUGGGAAUGUUUUAAAGGAAGAACGGGUGAAAAUCAUGCCAAAAUCUAUGAUAGUAUGAAAGUGAAGUAAUGUUUAAUUCAAGAGUUAUGAGUUUUAUGUGACAUGGUGAUCCUUUAUAGGCAGCUGGUCUGUUGACGUUAUCAGGUAAAGGAAGUAGAAAGCUUAAUAUUCUUGGAUGUAUGUGUUAUUGUUAAUGAAAAAUGUAACACUUGUUUUGUUUGAUGAUGUUUUUGUCAAUGUUUCAUUAGCCUUUCUUCACACAAUAAAAUAUUAAAUUAUUUGUUACAUAA